AUGGCACAAUCAGGGUUGACAGGGAGGCGGGGCGGAGACCUCCAAAUUCAACGAAGCAGCCAAUCGUUCCCAAUUCUAUCCAUCUACGAAGUGUUGCAGUGCAAUUUCCGCCUUUAUUACUCUACUUUCGCAUCAUCCUCGCGCAAUCCAUUCCUAAGCCUCCCUCACAACCUAUCUCUGCAUCGGCCGAUCGCUUCUAAUUGGGACGUCAACGGGGAGACCCCGGGAGGCUCGCUGAGGAACCUAUUUACUUUACUAAUUGAAGGGAACGAAUGGAAAGAUAUAGAGUUCAUAGUGGUCCCCUCGCUGGAAGGUCCUCCUCUUCCUCCUCCUACUCACCCCCUCUCCUCCUCCUCCUCCUCCUCUCCCCACCAGACACCCCAGUCCCAGGUCCCUCCGCCCCCCAGGCCCUACUAUACUACUCCCUUAUCUAGGGGCUGUCCUCCCGAUCGCUCAUCGUCACUUCCGCUCUCGUCCUCGCUCUGCUAUAAGCACAGACCCUCCCUCUGCCUCCCCUCGUCCCAAAGCCGUCACCAGCACCUACCUAUCGCUUCCCCUCACCUCCGAACACCUACCAGGUCCCCCGCUUUCCCUCGUUCUUCAGACAGCCACAAACAACCUCAGCCUCCUCCUCCUCCUCCUCCUCCCCUCAACCCCAAAAGCAGCCCUGCCCCCUCUUCCAUCACCAAAUCCCCAACAGCCCUAGUUCCCCUCAUCCUCAAAACACCACCAACAUCCCCUUCCAAACUUCCCCUCAUCCCCAAGAAGCCCUGCCUCUCUGGAAGAGGGUCUACCUACCCCUCCGUGCCUUCCUCCUCCUCCUCCUCCAACAUCCCCACCACCACCACCACCACCCCCACCACCACCACCUCCUCCUCCUCCUCCUCCUCCUCCUCCUCCUCCUCCUCCUCCUCCUCCUCCUCCUCCUGUUCCCAUGAUCCCAAAUCACAUUACCUUGGUCUUCUCCGUCCCUGGGAACCUCGCCUCCACGGCUCACAGUGUUCCAGUCACCCACCCCCACCCCCAUACCACAAUUCCCCUUUCCUGCCGCCCACCCUGGGCCCAAUUCCUAUUCCUUACACUCUGAUCCCUCACGACGCCAAUUCUGCUCAGCCGUUCCUUGUCACCCAUCACGAUAGCCAUUUCCAUUCCCUCCCACAAUCUAGUUGCCUUCCCAAUGCAUACCUCCUACUUGGUCUUCUAUCCCCAUCCCAUUCCGCCCAUUAUGGUCCCCCAUCCUAUUCCAUACGAUCCAUAAUGUAUCCCCUUCCCAUUCCAUCCCAUCCACACCAGUACCACAUUCCUCUCAUUCGCUGCUACACAACCACGGCUCCUAACUCCAUUCCUUCCGACCCACAUCGGUACCUCAUUCCCAUUCCAUACCACUCACACCGCAUCCCAUUCCCACUCCCAGCCACCUGCACCGGCAACCACAUUCCCAAUCCCUGCUACACAUCCGAGGGCAGGAAUUAA